UGGCACUUUGCAGCAUGUGAGCCAGAAGAAAAAUUUCAUCGAAUGAGAAAGGUCGUGGAGGUGUGUGGGUGAUCCUUCCUUGAUUUCCUAGGGUUACAACAAGCCUCCUCUCGUUGUCCCAUAGCUGCAGCACGCAGUAGAUAAACUGGCUGUGAAAAAAAGAGUAGUGCAAGGAGAAGGCCGACCUGGAAGGUGUUUAUUCUGUUUUUCAAAUGAAUGAGUUCAAAGUUGAAAACAGUUAGGAACAUCUUUCAUUACACGUGGCGAUCGAGCACUACAUGCACAAUCAUGGCUGGCAUUGGAGCAACGGAGCGUUCUUGGCUGAGGAUCUGGUCGGGGACGUGGAAUGUAUACUCGGUUGGGCCAGCAGAUGACCUCACUGACUGGCUGGGUCUGAAGGGACAGAGCGAUGUGUGUGACGUCUAUGCGGUGGGGUUUCAGGAGGCCAAUGCCAGUCCUGUUGCAUGGACAUCAGAGCUAAUGGCGUUUGAUCCGUGGACGCAAGCUUUGUCCUCUCUCCUCUGCAAGUACGGACUGACACGAUUGUUUGUACGGCGUGUGUUUGGUCUCCUGAUCUGCGUGUUUGUGCGCGUGGAGCUGCUACCUCACAUCUCCGAUAUUGAGUUCUCCAAGCUAAGGACCAGCAUGACGGGGAAAGGUGCGAUUGCAGUUCGAUUCCGUAUCUGUGGGCUUCAUGCCGUCUUUAUCAACUGUCACUUUUGUCCGCACACGGAGAACAUCAGUGUCAGGAAUAAGGAAUACUUCCGUGCUAUCAAGCAAAUGCGCUUUUCCGAUGCGGAAUGCACAGAGUUAUUACAGCAUCACUACAUUAUUUGGAUGGGCGACUUCAAUUAUCGGCUGGACCAGUGUAAUGUGGAGUUUGUCAAGACUGCGUUACAGCAGAGCCGGCUAGGCGAUCUGCGGCAAUACGACCAGCUCACGCGCGAGAAGGAUCUUGGCUAUGUAUACAGUGAUUUCAACGAAGGCAUACUCGACUUUCCGCCGACCUACAAGUUCACUCCUAAGACGCAUGACUAUGACUACAGUAAUCCUCGACGUCUACCCAGCUGGUGUGAUCGUAUCCAGUGGAAGGUGGUGCCGAGAGAGCUCUCUGCAGCCGUGGCGACGCCAGCACCCUCGUCCGCCACUGCCUCGAGCAGCACUGCGAAUGUUGCUGACGGCGCCGCGGAGACGCACGAGCGUCACCAGCCCGCGGCUCACGUCGGUGUUCGACCAGCGCUGCAGCUGCUGUCUUACCGCUCUCACCACACCUAUACCGUUAGUGAUCACAAACCAGUCAGUGGCCUGUGGCUGAUGGCGGUGCCGGCUCUUUCUACGUGUCUACCACCAGUUCUGUUCACAACACCGCGUGUCUGGACAUUUGACACGGCAGCGACGAUAGAAUACGAAGUACAGGAAUCUGUGGAAACGUCAAACUGGGAUUGGAUAGCACUUUGUAAAGAAGGAUGGCAGUGGCACAAGGAUUAUGUCACCUAUGUCUGGGCACCGGCGAAUGCUACAACAGGCAAGCGUCGCACGUCCCGUUCAGUAGUGCUGGAGGAGAGAUAUUUGCCUAAGCAGAUUGGAAUGUAUCAGCUUGUGUAUUAUAGUGCUGAGAAUGACAAUGCUGUGCUGGGUGUUAGUCGACUGUUCCUGAUUACGUCGGGUUUAGCUACACCGUCCAGUUCCAGCUCUCGGCGCUCCAGCUCGCGGCACUCCGGCUCUCGGCGCUCCAUCAACGUGGACACGUUUGAUAUCCAGCAGUAUGCCGACGCGUCUCAGUCGAGCUCCAAUGCGUCCACACCGCCCGGCCUGGCACCUGCUGCUAGCAACGUGGGCUUUCCUGGUGCUGGUGCUGGUGCUGGUGCUGGUGGUGCACCACACACUGUGCUCAGCCCAGUGCCGGAUGUUGACAUUGAUACAGCCGCAGAGUCUGCAGAGCCUGGAUCCGUCGAGAGUAGCCAUUCUCAGGUGCAAGCCACGGCAGGCGCUCAGGAUGCACCUGCAGCCGUAUCAGCGGAGCAACAGGAUAUUUCGUCCAUCCCAGCUGCAGCAGCAACAGCGCCGGCUGAGCAACAGGACAUUGCGUCCAGCGUCAUGGCCCCGGUUGCAGAUGCCGCAGCAUGCGACGGUGCCGACCGUCAACCCAGCUCUGCCGUUGUCACAGCCACGCCUGCGUCCGACCCAGCGACGCUUGUCCUGAAAGCCCAGGAGCAAAGUGAAGCGUAGCGUUACACAAUCACCAGAAACACACGCUCUCACAUCUGCAUCGCUGCGAUAGUUAUGACGGCCAUCGUUCGUUAAUAACGUUAUGUGCUUCAUGGCAUGCCCGGCGACGUGUUGCUUUCACAACGGCAACUAUGAUUCCAAGCUGGUAGUCUCUGCUGGACACUUUACCAGGUAUGGGUAUUGCUGAGAUUGUGCUUGCAUUGUGCCCCCCCCCCCCCACACCUCCUCUCUCUCUCUCUCUCUCUCUCUCUCCCUCUCUCUCUCUCUCUCUCUCUCUCUCUCUCUCUCUCUCUCUCUCUCUCUCUCUCUCUCUCUCUCUCUCUCUCUCUCUCUCUCUCUCUCUCUCUCUCUCUCUCUCUCUCUCUCUCUCUCUCUCUCUCUCUCUCUCUCUCCUCGCAUUGUAUCUGCCUUGUGCGCAUCCACGUCACCAGCUGACGAAGCAGCCGUACAACCAGGUUUCUCAGUUUCUGCUGCGCUAUCAGUGCGUGCUCUGGAUAGUUCUGUAAUGACAGAUGAAAACAAACCGUUCUAUGCUGCGCAGUGGGAGUACAUGUACUGCCUAUCAAUGACUCUGUACAUGUAUUUACAACCUAAACUAGCGCAUUGACAUCAGUUACUAUGCUUUUUUUAAAUAUAUUUCUUUCGUGUCUUUUUUUUAAUCAUUGUGUUGAUAUUUAUGACCUCACAUCUGAUUUAGCGACUUGUCUUACUUAUAAUUAUGGAGAUGAUUGAUAUCUGAAAAUCUACCCCAGUACCGGUAUAUGCCCUGCUUUGGAUGCAAUGUUACUACAGGUUUUUCUAGCAUCUUUGUGAUGAUGUCAUCACUUUUUAGCAUCAUUGCGAUGAUGUCAUCACUUUCUAGUAUUGUUGCGAUGAUGUCAUCACUGCAACAUGGUUUGCUUUAGUUCUCUCACAUCUAGGUUUAGUGUCCUCUCUAUUAUCUCGUCAGCUCGCUGAAGACCCCCUUCCCCGCACAGCAGUAUAUAGGCUAGCUUUAGUGUGCUCUUCGGUAUUAUUUGCACGUUUGCGCUUGCUCAUGACAUUGUGCUCGAUUGGUUUCUGGAGUUUCUCCAGCACGUUUGUAUUCUCACUUUCACUGGGUACAACUAGCCAGAGUAGCAGACUA